CCUAUGCCGCUAAAAGGAAAUUGCUUGUUUCAGGAACCAAACAGAGUGAGCUGUCCUUUGCAAAUGAACUCGCACCAUCACCUCAGAGCUUCAAAAUAAAAAAUCUCACCAUGGAUGUGGACACGGCUUUUUUCAAAUCUAAAAGGGGAAUCCUGAAAGUGGCUGAGCUGGUGACCCUGCUUGUGGCAUUUGUGUGUUUCACUGUAGCAUACACACCAAAGUACAUUGCAGCAAUGGGGUUGGAGUUUUUGAUCACUUUAUUUCUGGUGUUACUGUAUGCGCUGAAAGUCAACAAGAUGGUGACGUUCUUCUUCUGGCCUCUUAUUGAUGGUUUCAACUCGGUGUUUGCUGCAGUCUACUUUGCUGUCUUAAGCUUGAUGGCUUUGACCAGACACUCUGUCGCAGGCGCAGUGGCUGGAGGGGUAUUUGGUAUCUUGACAACUGGGCUGCUGUGUGUGGACACCUUCAUGCUUUUCAGGAACGUCACAUUCAACAGUCGCAGAGGUGCAACCCAAAAUCAAGACAACCAGUGAAUAAAUCAUUUACAGUAUAUGAAGUGUAUGGGAGCGUCAGCAUCACAGCUGAUUUACCCCCCCACAUCAUCAGUCAGAAAUUAUUGCAGCUUAUGCGUCUCAAAACGCAUGCACGAGUUUGCAGCACCUUUGACCUCCGAGCUGCCGUGCAAACUGGUGCACUUUUGAAAGAUGUUUUUUUUAAAAAUAAAAUCAUAAACUGCACAAAUCAUAUGGAAACUAACACAUGUGAAUAAAGCCUUUAUUUUC